AGCCAUUUGGGCUCAAGGCAGCUUGGCUUAAUCCUUUUUGAACUCAACAGACCCUGUCGGGCAUCCCGCGCAGACCGGCACGAUUGUCCGGCACCAUGACGGUAUCGGACUUCCUCGGUUUAUUCGUUGCGGCUCUCUUCGGCAGCGCGUCUGCAUGGCCGUUCAGCGGAGCGUCCGCCACGACGCCUGGGAAGAUCAGGCUGCGGGUGGAUCCUCUCGGGAUACACUCAUUCGCGCUGUACGGCGUUCCUGACCCCAGCAGGAUGGAGCACGACACAUUCUGGGCCAUCACGAACCCAGGCGAGAUGGCGCCAGUCGAGGUGGACGCCAACAGCUCGUUCGUUUUGCGAUCUACGGACAUGAAGUUCCGCACCAUCAUAUCCGUGGACAUGAACCACGACCUACGUACCAAGGCUUCGUAUCCAUGGAAAAUAUGUUUCUCCAACCCUAUGGUUGAUUAUGGUGCGAAAAUUGAGCUCAAGCACAGCACUUCGGGGUUCAACUGGAUCGAGGAGGGCCAGCAGUUGUGCCAGGCGACCGACCACAGCCACGACUUCGAGUUGCACGACCGUGAGAAGGCGCCAAUAUUCACCAUCAAGGUCAGGGAUCCGAGGGGGGAGCUGUGAGAGGGAGGCUGUGGAGUGUUAGCCAGAGCAGCACGCAAUUGGUCCACUCGUUCGCACACGCACAAGGCUGCGGUGCCGCGCUGUUUUCUUUAGCUACGGGCAGGAUGAGAAUGAUCAUUUGCCCAGCUCGCGUAUAUGCGAUAUAACACACGCCGAGAUCACAACAAAAAACUGUUCCGCCGUGCUCUAGGGGUCCGGGCAGCCGCCCCCACCACCAGGCUGCCAGGAAAGACCCUCCCAGGCCGGAUACGGA